GCGCUGCCGCCCGCGCGCCCGCCGCGUCCCCGCCCCUCCGCCAUGGCCGAUGUGGAGGACGGGGACGAGCCCGGCGCCCCCCACUCGCUGCCGGGCUCCGCGGGCUCCAAGGCGGGCGCCCCCGACAAGAUGUUCUCGCUGAAGAAGUGGAACGCGGUGGCCAUGUGGAGCUGGGACGUGGAGUGCGACACCUGCGCCAUUUGCCGGGUGCAGGUCAUGGAUGCCUGUCUUAGAUGUCAAGCUGAAAACAAACAAGAAGAUUGUGUUGUGGUUUGGGGAGAAUGCAAUCAUUCCUUCCACAACUGCUGCAUGUCCUUGUGGGUGAAACAGAAUAAUCGCUGUCCCCUCUGCCAGCAGGACUGGGUGGUCCAGAGGAUAGGCAAAUAAAGGCUGGAAGGGUUUCUCUGUGCUGCACUGGUUGGAAUGGUGUGUGUGUUGUGCCCUAUGCUCAUGCAGAACGGACCGUGUCCCUCAGGACACGACUCCCUUGGUUCCCUGCUCCAAGGCCAGAGUGGGUCUGGUGCAGGCCUCUGGCUGCACAGGUGCAGCCCAUGCUCAGGCUCACUGCAGGGCUUCCACUGCUGAAACAGGAGAUGCUACAUCAACAACCCCAUCUGCUAGGAUUAAAGCCUUGUCUACAUCAGAAACUUAGUGGUGCAGAUUAUACCCUAAACACUAAACGAAUUAAAUUGGAAGGGUCACCUUACCUGGUUUGAUACACUGCAUAGUUUACUGUCAGGAUAAAGAAAAUGUUUCCUAAGUACUAUUAUAUGCAGAAACACAGUCAGUGUGUUUUUUAAGAAACUAUUCUGGGUUUUAAUCUAAAAUGAACAGUGUGUAAACAUUUGCUAUGUGCUUUUUCUGUCACAUGCAUUAAUCAGCUCUAAUUUAGGGGGUUUUAUGACUUUUGUUUUAGCUCCAAAUCUGUUGCUCUGUUAUAUUCUGUACAUGAUUUCUGCAACCAUAACAUUAAAAUUUAACCACGUUAAUAAAUUUUAAAUUUAGAUUUCUGUAAUGGUCAUGGAGACAUGUAUUUUUAAUCCAAGGAUUUUUGGUACUGAGACAUGUAUUUGAUUUCAGUUAACUAGAGUUGUAGACAAUCUUGCUGCUUAGCUGAUUAAUAUAGGAAGCAAACAAAAGUGAUAAUUUACAUAACCCAAGAAAAGGAGGCAUUACUCUAGGGAAAAAUGGUAAAUUGUGAUUUCAUGAAAAAUCAGUACAUAGAAAUUUCUUUAUUUUUAUUGGUCACAAUGUUUUGGAAGCUUUUUUUUCAUUUUUGUGGAAAUCCUAAAUAUAUCAUCUUCUUUGAAUUUUUUCUUACACCUGUUUAAGUGCUUGCCUCUAACUUUGUCUUUUCCCUAAAUAUCCAAAUUACUAUGAAUCUGAAUGUAUGCUGUGGGAUUUUUAAAAUAUAUGUAACAGAGAGGUUAAAUUAUUGCUUUAAAUCUGUAACAAAUUCAGGCUUAAUAAAAUGGUUAAUCAACAUGGGUGAAAUUGAAGCAAUAUCAUUCACUUUGUUUACUUCAAAAUUAUCAUCUUUAAUGUGUUUCUCAGUAGAUGUAUUUCCAUCUAAUACUAAGUACAUUUACAGAGGUUUAUCUUCACUGUAUAAAGUACUUCCAAUCUUUGUGUCAUCAAGUGUAUUGCAGAGUUUACUGUGGUUUUGUUUAAUAUUGUAAUCGUGUUUUAAGAUGUUUUGAUUUUUUUAAAUGUAGUUUUUGUUUAAUAACACACACUGAGAUAAAAAAUCCUGAGUCACUGUUACACUGUAUCACAUCAGGUGUUAUUAUGCCAGAUGAUGUCUGUCUUAAAACUGAAAACAAAUGUAAAAUAUGUUAACAGUAGUAAUGAAGUGCCUAUAGCAUUUACAUUGUCGUGGAGUAUUUCUGUUUGUAUAAAAGUAUUCCCAAAAUUUUUGCAGAAAAAGAAAUCUGAGUGGAUGUGAAAAUAAAUUUUAGCUGUUGCAGUCAAA